AUGACAAACCUUCAGCCGCCCAAGACAGUUAAAGAUAUCAGAAGCUUCUUAGGACAUGCUGGGUUCUACAGGAGGUUCAUUAAAGAUUUCUCACAGAUAGCAAGGCCGCUAACACGCCUAUUAUGCAAGGAUAUUAACUUUGAGUUCACAGAGGAGUGUCACAAGGCUUUCACUAAGAUCAAAGAGGCAUUGGUCAGUGCGCCAGUGGUUCAACCUCCAAACUGGGAACUACCUUUUGAGAUAAUGUGUGAUGCAAGUGAUUAUGCAGUAGGAGCAGUGCUUGGACAAAGAAAAGACAAGAAGCUACAUGUGAUCUACUAUGCCAGCAGAACACUUGAUGAGGCACAAUGCAAGUAUGCCACAACAGAAAAGGAGCUUCUUGCUAUUGUCUUUGCAUUUGAGAAAUUUCGAUCAUACUUGGUGGGAUCAAAAGUUAUAGUUCACUCUGAUCAUGCAGCAUUAAGGUAUCUUUUAUCUAAGAAAGAUGCCAAGCCAAGAUUGUUGAGAUGGAUACUACUACUGCAAGAAUUUGAUCUUGAGAUCAAGGAUAGAAGAGGAGCAGAUAAUGGAGUAGCUGAUCAUCUUUCAAGGAUGAGAGUUGAAGAAAAUCUACCCCUUGAUGAUAGGCUACCUGAAGAAUCAGUUUAUGCAGCUGAAGCUAGCAAUAAGCAUGGACAACUAGGCCAUCACAGGCCAGGAACAAAGAUCUCAUCAUCAAACACACCAUGGUUUCGCCACAUAGCAAACUUCCUUGCAGCUGAAUACCCACCACCAAACUUCUUUGGCUACAGAAAGAAGAAAUUUCUGCGUGAUGUAAGAAGGUACUACUGGGAUGAACCUUACUUAUACAAGAAAUGUUCAGAUGGAAUGUUUAGAAGAUGCAUACCUGAGGAAGAGAAUCUUUGCCAACCUUUUGAAGAAGCAUGGAGUUACUCACAAAGUUGCCUCUCCUUACCACCCCAAACUAGUGGACAAGUUGAGAUCUCAAACAGAGAACUCAAGAGCAUACUUCAGAAGACAACAGGCAAGACAAGAAAGGAUUGGAGUGCCAAACUAGAUGAUGCUCUAUGGGCAUACCGCACUGCCUUCAAAACACCACUUGGUACCACCCCCUUUCAUCUUGUCUAUGGUAAAGCAUGUCAUUUACCUGUGGAGCUGGAGUACAAAGCAGCUUGGGCUAUUAAGGAGUUGAACUUCAACCUAAAGACAGCAGGAGAAAGAAGAUUGAUUCAGCUGAAUGAGCUUGAUGAGAUUAGGCAUCUGGCUUAUGAGAAUUCAAAGAUCUAUAAGGAGAGAACCAAAGCUUUCCAUGACCGCAAGAUCAUCCCAAAGAACUUUGCGCCAAACGACCAAGUUCUACUAUUCAACUCAAGGUUGAAACUCUUUCCAGGAAAGCUUCGCUCAAGAUGGUCAGGACCAUUCAGGAUUAAAGAAGUUCGCCCCUAUGGAGCAGUGGUACUAUGGGACCCAAUGGGAGGAGACUUUACAGUCAAUGGACAAAGGUUAAAACCUUACCUAGCCUCCACCACCAUACCACAGGAGACCACACUAGCUCUUGGCGAUCCACCAGAUCCUUAA